AUGCCGAUCGACGGUAGCAACGACGAUUUGAUAAAACCUAGGGGAAGCAGAAGAACUUGCGUGGUGUUAGGAGGCCGAGGUUAUUUAGGGCGAUCGCUUGUUACACGGCUCCUUCAACUCGGUGAUUGGAUCGUUCGAGUCGUCGAUUCGAAUCACUCCUUGCAACUCGCUACGGACUCGAAUGAUGGUGAUUCCGUCCUUCGUGAUGCUGUUGCGUCUGGUCUUGCUUCUUAUUGUCAAGUCGAUGUUCGCGAUCUCUCGCAAAUCAUUAAAGCUGUUGAAGGAUCGUCUGUUGUAUUUUACACGGAAGCUAGUGACUUACCGGAACAUGAUUUCUAUGCUUGCUACAUGAUUAUAGUUCAAGGUGCUAAAAAUGUCAUCAAUGCUUGCCGAGAAUGCAAAGUUAGGCAGCUUAUAUAUAACAGUUCUGCAGAUGUAAUUUUUGAUGGUUCACAUGAUAUAUGCAAUGGAGACGAGUCUUUGCCAUGCCAUUGGAAAUUUGCGGACAUGAUAAGUGAUCUUAAGGCUCAAGCAGAAGCAUUAGUCCUGUAUGCUAACAACAUUGGCGGUCUUUUAACAUGUGCACUACGGCCUAGCAAUGUCUUUGGACCUGGAGAUACACAGCUUGUGCCUUUUUUAGUGAAAUUAGCAAGAUCUGGUUGGGCAAAGUUUAUUAUAGGAAGUGGUGACAAUAUGUCUGACUUUACCUAUGCUGAGAAUGUUACUCAUGCCCACAUCUGUGCAGCAAAAGCUCUAGAUUCUCAGAUGAUCUCUGUGGCUGGAAAGGCAUUUUUCAUCACUAACCUCGAGCCUGUGAAGUUCUGGGAAUUCGUAUCAUUCAUAUUAGAAGGCUUGGGGUAUCAAAGACCUUCCAUAAAAAUUCCUGCCUGGAUAGUCUGCUAUGUUCUGUUGGUUGUCAAAUGGAUGCAUGAAAAGCUUGGCUCCAAAAAAUAUAACCAUGAUGUCUCUGCUCGCUUCAUUCAUUUAGCCUCAUGCACCAGAACUUUUAACUGCUCUGCAGCUCAAAAGUACAUUGGAUACUCACCAGUUGUCUCUCUUGAAGAUGGCAUCACAUUGACCAUUGAAUCAUUCUCUCAUUUGGCCAAGGACUCGCCUUUUGGAAGAUUCUCUAACUUCGGAGAGCAAUCAAAAGCUGAGAAGCUGCUGGGCAGCGGUAAAGCUGCGGACAUUUUGCUGUGGAGAGAUGAGAAGAAAACAUUUACAUGUUUUGUUGCUCUUGUUUUGUUGUUUUACUGGUUUUUGCUUUCUGGGAAAACAUUUGCCUCGUCCACUGCAAACCUGCUGCUUUUAGUGACAACCAUCCUAUAUGGAUAUGCCAAUUUAGCACCAAAGAUUUCCAGUUUCAACACUCCAAAGAUACCUUUGUCUUGGUUUGAAAUUUCAGAAAAUUCAGUGAGAGAUUCAAUCAUGUCUGUAGUAUAUCUAUGGAAUAGAGGGCUUCGCAUUUUAAGAUUAUUGGCUCAAGGAGAGGAUUGGAACAAAUUCUUCCAGAUUUGCCUGUUAGAGUAUAUGCAUCUCUGCAACACAUUUGAUAUCCGUGAGAAUGGGUUAAGUCUAGGUUGCGCUUUUUCUCUAUUUGGUCAAGUGGGUUCUGGUGGAAUCCUUGGCUGUGGCAAUAGUUUGACCUUCUUGGAACUAAAUGCAGCUCUGGUCUUUCCCUUCACUGCCUUCUUUGUUUACGAACAAUAUGAAUCAGAAAUUGAUGGAUUAACCACGACGCUCUUCAGCUUAUCAAAGGGAUUGUUCAUGAGUUAUCUACCUGCUUCUAUGACAUCAUUUAUACAAAACAACAGAGUGCUGUGGAAAGAGAACGGCAAUGUGGUAAAUGAUGAAAAGCUUCGAAAAGAACUCUAUACAGACAAGAUGUGUCCCCUGAAAUACAAAAAACAGGUAGAGAGAAAAUGUUCAGAUAUGAUCAUGAAUAGGUUUGCAUUUGGAUACAAUUCUGAUGGCUCUGAUCUUGACUAA